CUUGUUCGCUCGUUCUCAGUCUUUCUCCAUCUCUUUCCCUCUUCCGCGUGCUUCGUCUUCUUCCUCCCCCUCUCCUCAACGUCCUUCUCGACGCAAAAAGCACGUUCCUCGUCGUUCCAACUAUCGUCUACACAAUGUACUCCACACUCGUUUCCGUCGCUCUCUUCGCUCUCCCCGCCCUCGCUUCCUUCGCGAUCAACAACCCUGAGUCUGUCCAGUGCGAGACCACCCGUAUCUCCUGGCCGCCCACCACCGGCCCUUACAACCUCAUCGUCGUUGACGCCAACGAGCCUUGCGGCGAGCCUCUCGCCGAGAUUGGCGACUUCACCACCACCUAUGUCGACUGGGAGGUAGCUAUCCCUGCUGGCACUGUCAUCCAAUACAGCGUUGCCGACGCUGAGGAUACCGAAGCUUGGUCCGCCAACAUCACUGUCUCCGGUGGCUCCAACAGGUCCUGCCUCCCUGGCGGCGCUUCUUCAUCUGCCGCCCCUCGCCCAACCGGCGCCAGUGCCACCAACAGCCUCACUGGAAACGACAGCAACACCAACAGCGGAAACAGCGGCAGCGCUCCUCCCAAGGCAAGCGGAAUCGCCCCCGUUGGUGCCGCCAACGCCGGAAAGAACGCUCUCUUCGACAGCGACAGCGCCGCUCCUCGUCAAUUCAGCCAGCCAGUCAUGGCUCUCGGUGCGGUCGCCGCUUUGGUCGCCCUGGCUCUCUAAGCGCGUUCACUACCCCAUCCCAACGUUACCCAGAUACCCCUCUCUUUUCACGAAACGUCCAUGCCAACGGGUGGGAGGUGAUGCUUGCAGGGCGAGAUGCGGUCUCGGGCUUGGAUCAUUCUUGGCAACACUUGUAUUUUCCUGCUUGGGGCUCCAUCCCCGCCGCAUCCCCUUCUGCUUGAGUCAUGGACGCUGGCCACCACAACCCUCCUCUAAACCUCGUUUACGAUGCUUUUAAGGCGGAUUUCAUUUGCUGUUUGUUUUUUUAAAUCUUUUUGCCGUGUCGAUGAAUGUUGUGAUUUUAUCUCAGGAGAUUUAACUUUUUCGUUGUUGUUCGCGGAGCGGAGCUAUCAGCUGGUUUGCUGGUUGUUUGCAGGAUAUUGGGACGGUUUGGUGGGCUCGAGUUGUGGGAUGGAGAGUGGGUUCUCAAGGCGGAUGAUGCUAUAUGUUAUUACGUUUGAGCUGGUUUAACCCUCCUUUC